GAUGGGAUAGGUCUAGUUUGGUGCUUAUUGUAGUUGUAGUGAGGUUUGAGACGGCUGUUUGUUGGAAUCGGAAUUGGGAUUGCUACGAGUUUGUGGAGUGGAACUGGUGAAAUUUUAGAGUAAGGGGAUGGAAUCGAAGAAUGUUGAUGAAUUAACCAAACCAAAUGGUUAUGAUGCGGAAGGCAAGGAGUUCAUCAGCGCCCUUCCUAAAAGCAUCAAACGACGAAUUCAAGCACUGAAAAAACUUCAAGUGGAGGGUAUCAAUGUUGAAGCCCAUUUCUAUGAGCGUGUGCAUCAGUUAGAGGUAGAAUUUGCACCGAUGUUCGGUGCUUUGCAUGAUAAGAGAAAGGCGAUUGUAACGGGUAAUUAUGAACCCACCGACGACGAAGCCAAUUUUCCCAUCCUGCAUGGUUAUACAAAGGAGGAAAUAGACCAAAUGAAUGAAGCAUCAGCCCCGGAACCUAACGAACCAAUAAAAGGCGUCCCAUGUUUUUGGUUACACCUGCUUAAAAAUGUAGAUCAUAUCUGUGAGAUGAUUCAAGAGCAUGAUGAACCAAUACUUCAGCAUCUCAUUGAUAUAACAUGUGACGUUCAGACUAACCCGGAUUCAUAUACUCUGACAUUCCAUUUCGAACCCAAUGAAUAUUUUACCCAAACGGAGUUGAAGAAAUUUUAUACCCUACAAGUUGCUCCGGAUGAAGAUGAUAUUUUUGAUUACGAUGGUCCGGUAAUAAUCAAUACCAAGGGUACCGAAAUAGAUUGGAAGGUUGGAAAAAAUGUUACAAAAAAGAUAAUCAAGAAAAAGCAGAAGAAAGGGAAUGGUGCUGGUCGCUUCAUUACAAAAGCUGUCAAAGUUGACUCUUUCUUCAACUUUUUCGACCCUCCGCCUAUGAAAAAUAAGAAUGAAAUCAAUGACGAUGAUGAUGAUGCCGAAACUCAGGCACUGCUGCAAGCUGAUUUUGAGGUUGGCCAGUUAUUCCGUGACCAAAUUGUGCCUAGAGCGGUGCUGUUUUACACAAAGGAAGCGAUGGAGGAUAACGAUAUGUUUGAAUAUGAUGGCGAUGAAGACGAAGAUGAGACGGAAUUGGCUGACGAAAGCGAUAAUGAAUAGCUUCUGUCGUCGGAAUUAUCUGCCUAAUAAAUAAAAUCACUCAUCAGAGUACUGUCAAAGUGUUUUAACCGUUUCACCGUUUUUUUCAAUAUUUCUGAUGAAAUGUUUUUGAUCGUGAAAAUUUUUCGAUGAAUUUUUUUUGGUGUUUUUGAAACAUACAGACAUACAAAUCGUUUGCUGCUUUGGAAAAAACAAUGUUACGUAUCAUUUUUACAAAAAAAGAAAGUAUUAAAGUCUUUUGUUGUGCA